UUAUUUCUCAUAAAGGAUGAGUAGAUCCUUCUGGGAGUUGCCAGAAUAUUGACUUGGGACAGAAGGCAGAGGAGAAGACAGAAUAUCUUCUUAAUCCAAGAUGGUUCUAAGUGGGGCCUUAUGUUUCCGAAUGAAAGAUACAGCAAUGAAGGUCCUUUAUGUGCAGAAUAAUCAGCUGUUGGCUGGAAAAGUACAAGCGGGAAAAAAUAUUGAUGGUGAAAAGAUCAGCGUGGUUCCCAAUAGAUCACUAGAUUCCAAACUGAUCCCAAUUAUCCUGGGCUUCGAGGGAGGAACCCAGUGCCUGUCAGUGGGGAUAACUCAGCAGCCUAUUCUUCAGAUAGAGCAUAGGAACAUCAUGGACCUUUAUCAAAGCAAGGAGGAAUCCAGGAGCUUCACCUUCUAUAGGUGGGAUGCUGGGAUCACCUCUAGAUUGGAGUCAGCCGCCUACCCAGGCUGGUUCCUCUGCACCAUCCUAGAAGAGGACCAGCCCAUCACCCUCACCAACCAUCCUGAGGACUCUCACUCUGUCAUCGCUGACUUCUAUUUAGAGCAGUGUGCCUAAGCUUUGGAGGAAUGACUCUGUCUAGCCUCUGUCUUUCAGCUCCAUUCUUCUUCAGAUCUUAGACUUUGAAAGUUAGAAGGCCAUCUCUGGACCUGGAAUCAGAAACACCUACGUUGAAAUCCCACCAGAGACACUGAUAAGCUGUGACCCUGGACAAGUCAUUGAACCUCUGCCCAAGUUUCUUCAUUUGUAAAAUGGGGAUAAUAAAAGCACCUACCUUCCAGGGUUGUUGUGGGAAUCAAAAAGAUAAUAUUUAUAAAAACACUUUGCUAACUUCAAAGAGCUUUGUAAAUACUGUGAUUGUUGAUGUUGUUAAGGAUGAAUGAAAGGAAUUUCCAAUAUAAUAUACCUAACAAGAUGUCUUCUCACCUCUCCUUGAAGACCUACAAGCAGAGGGGAUACUUUUCAAGAUGGCCCUUUCUGCUUUUGGACCACUCCAAUUAAUAGGAAAAAAUAUCCCUCAAAAAUUUUAUCUUAAAUUCACCUCUGACACAAAUGAUGACAGGUACAAACCUAGGUUUCAGAGUCUCUACUCUGCCCUUCUGAUCCUUAAUGUCUUCUUCAAAAGAGCUCAACUCAUGAUGAGCAGCCAUUCUCCAAAUGUUGCCCAAACUGUAGUAAUUUUUCCAGCUUAAUCCCUUGAAGGAUGCGUUUCUUUCUUUUUUUACUGCAGUAUUUUUAAUAGAUUCAUAAUGUCAUUAUCCAUGCCUUCUGAUCCUAUAAAUUUAUUUUUCAUUUCCUUCCAUCAGUUCUCCAUAAAAUAUCCAUGCACCCCCAAUACUGGAGGCUUCCUCUAGGCCAUUUAUUAAUUCUUAACAUUAGUGCAACUCUUGGAUUAUUGAUCUGUCAUCUUUCACUCACUACCUAUUUCACAGUCAUUCUAUCCUCUCCAACUCCGAUCUUUAUACUAGAGGGCUUCAGCAUACAUACUGAUAUUCCCUUAAACAUUCUACCCUUGUAAAUCUUUCACUUACUCAUUUGAUGUGACUAGCUUUUCCUCCCCACCUCAGCCAAACACAGAUGUAGUUGUAUAUUUGAUUUUGCCAUCACCCCAUGCAUGCUCUACUUUCAUGUUCAUGUACUUUUAAACUCUCUUAUCUGCUCACAAUUUAUUUUUUAUUCCAUCUCUCCCUCUGUUUUGCAAAUCUAAAUGCUAUAUGACUUCUAAUACAUUGGCCUGCUUUGAUUCCCUCCCAGCCCAUCACCCUGGCUAUAACUAUACUCCCCUUCUUUCCCCAUCUUGACACGUUAGUGAAACAAUGCAACUCUAUACUGUCUUUUUCUGUUGAUUUCCUUUGCCCCUGUGUCAUAGCUCUUGCUUUGCUCUGCCCAGAUCUCAGCCUUGGAUCAUGCCAACCUUCUGCUGUUUUCACUUCUACUCAUAUACUGAGGAAAGGAACUAGAGAAAGAAGGAUGAAUUUCUUUCAGCUUUUCAUUCACUUCCCAGGGCUUACUCACUGUUUAGAGAGUCAAGGAUUCCUUGAAAGUUACUGUGUUAAGUCAAAUUUGUUAACAAGUCCCAUCUAUACAAUUCUUGGGGAGUAGUCAUCUAGCCUCUACUUUAAUAGGUCCAAGAACAGCCUUCAUAAGGCAAUCUCACUUGUUGAGGGCACAGAGUCAGGAAGAGAUCUGAGUUCAAAUCUAAUCUUAGACACUUAUUAGUUAUGUGACCUUGAGCAAGUCACUUAAUCUCUGAUUCAGUUGUACCAAAUAUAAAGUGAGGGCAAUAAUAGAUUCUAUCUUUCAGGGUUGCUGUGAGGAUUAAAUGAGGUAAUAAAACACCAUGCAAACCUUAAAGGACUAUAUGAAUGUUAGCUAUAAUUAUUGUUCGGAAAUUCUUCCUUAUACUGAUUUGAAAUUUGCCUCCUUGUAAUUUUCACACUGGCCCUAGGCCUGCCCUCUUGAGCCAUACCAUGUAAGACCAUUCAUUAUCCAAAGUCCUUCAUCUAUUAGAAGACAGUCAUUGAUUCCCCUUAAAGCUCUUCUUUAGAAUAAAUAGCCUCAUGUUCUUCAAAACUUCCUCAUAUGAAUGAUGUCAAAUACUCUCCCUGUCUUGGUCACCUUUUUUGAGCAUGUUCCAUCCAAUUUGUCAAUAUCCCUCAUUAAAAGGAUGCUCUUUGCUGCUGUGAAUUUAUCCAAUCAUUCUGGGUAGCGAUUUGGAAUGAAAUCCAAUAAGUUACUAAACUGAACAUACCUUUUGAACUAUUAACUACCAAUAUUAGUUAUUUAUAUUAUUAUAUAUUGUAUAUAUAUGCAAUAUACAAUAUUAACUAACAAUAUUAGUCCAUAUACCCCAGAGCUAUCAAAGAAAGAUAAAUACGGAACUAUGGCAGCUCUUUUUUGUAGUGGCAAAGAACUAGGGAAAAAAGGUACCCAGAUUUUGGGAAUGUCUGAACAAAUGAUGGCUUGUGAAUGUUAUGGAAUACUACUAUGUUGUAAGAAAUAAUGUGAAGGGGAUGGUUUUAGAAGAACCUGGGAAGACUUGCAUGAAUGGAUGUAGAUAGAAGUGAACAGAACCACGUGAAUAAAUUACUCAGAAAAAACAGCAUUAUAAAGAAAAAAACAUUUUGAAAAACUUAAGAACUCUGUUCAAUACAACAAUAAACCAGGACCCCCGAGGACCAGUGCUCAAGCCUGCUACCCACUUCCCAACAGUGAGACGAAUUCAAAGAGCAGAAUGACAUAUACACAUUUUUAGACCUGGUAGCCAUAAAAGUCCAUUUUGUUUAACUUUGCUUGUUUAUUACAAGGAUUGUAGUUUUCCUUUUUCUAUUUGGGGCUAAGGAAGAGCAGGUCAAAGGAUGGAGCUAGUUAAAAAAAGAAGAGGAAAAGAGGGUCAUUGAAGCAAUUUUUAAAAUGAACAGAAGAAAAUAGAUGAAAUUUCAGAAAGAAACCCAAUUAAGUAGGACAGCUUUGAAAGUAACAGGCUGGUUUAUCACUUACUUUUAAAAAUUUUGUAAAGAAUAAAGAU